GAGCGUGGAGGCCUAGACCCGAAUGGGAAUAGCCCCACGAUCAGAAAAGACCAAGCGCUCCCAGCAAUCAAGCUCUCGCAUCCUUAUCCCCAAACAGUUUUUAUACCUAGCGAAUCACACAACCUCGGAUUGCUCGAACUGCUAGAGACCGAGGCACAUAGACACGAUGUUCCUAUAAGGCUCAUGAUUCCGACCUUCCGUGCUAUCUGUCAAGAUAGCCAUCCAUCCCGAUAACCGGGUUAUGGAACUGCAAUGCGUCGGGUUGUUGUGACGGGUCUCGGCGCCAUUACGCCUUUGGCCGUGGGAUGUCGGCAAACUUGGAGUCGCCUACUUGGUGGCCAUUCUGGUAUCAUCAGCGUUGCGGGUUUGGAACCCCAGAAACAGUGGCGAGAUUUGACCAGCACCGUUGCCGGGGUCAUCCCAAAGGGCAGUGGCGGGGGUCAGUGGCGGCCCAGUGACUGGCUCACGUCGGCAGAGCAAAGACGCACGUCAACAUUCACGAAAUACGCCAUGGCAGCUGCGGCAGAAGCACUCGCAGAUGCCGGGUGGGAACCACGCCAGCAAGGACAGUUGGAAGCGACUGGGGUCUGCCUGGGCAGUGGUAUCGGCAACUUGGACGACUUGUAUGAUGCGAGUGUCGCAUUCGAGAAAGAGGGCUACAGGAAAGUCUCCCCAUUGUUCGUUCCCAAGAUCCUUAUCAAUAUGGCGGCCGGACACAUUGCCAUGAAGUACGGUUUCCAGGGGCCCAACCAUGCAGCAACUACCGCGUGCACCACGGGAGCUCAUUCCAUAGGAGAUGCCUCGCGGUUCAUCGCUUGCGGGGAUGCCGACGUCAUGAUCGCUGGUGGUACAGAGUCAUGUAUUCAUCCAUUGACAUUUGCCGGCUUCGGCCGUUCACGAUCUUUGUCCACGGCCUUCAACCACGACCCCGCCGCAAGCUGCCGGCCAUUUGAUCGAGAACGAAAUGGGUUCGUGGUGUCGGAAGGGGCAGCUGUCGUGGUGUUGGAGGAGUUGGAGCACGCGAAGGCCAGGGGUGCUAACAUCUACGCAGAGCUCAGGGGUUAUGGGUGUAGCGGCGAUGCCCACCAUAUGACCGCUCCACGAGGGGAUGGGCAUGGGGCUCAUUUGGCCAUGAAGAAAGCAUUGAAGCAAGCAGCACUGAAACCUAGACAAGUUGACUAUAUCAACGCCCACGCUACUGGCACAUCAAUUGGCGAUGCGGCUGAAGCUAUGGCGAUUCGGUCCCUCAUGGCGGGCCCAGAAGGUCAUCCCAACGAAGGAGAUGUCACGGUAAGCAGCACCAAAGGUUCCAUUGGACAUCUCCUGGGUGCAGCCGGUGCCAUCGAAGCCGUUUUCUCAAUAUUGUCCAUUGUUCAUAAUGCGGUCCCUCCAACCUUAAAUCUGCAGAACCCUGAUGUUAUACCAAGAUUUAACUUCGUGCCCCACGAAGCACAGGAGAAAGCUGUCGAUGUAGCACUGUCGAAUAGUUUUGGGUUUGGGGGCACAAAUGCCAGUUUGGUAUUCUCCAAGUAUAGCAGCUGAACUCAUUUCGUCGCAAUCGGAAUUGAUAAUCAAUGAGCUCAUGUAAAUACCUCCCCUACAAUACCGUAUUCAAAUGAAAUCCAGCGGUCAAAUUGUCGUUGGAUCCCAC